AUGGUGAUUUCUCAAUUUUAUAUCCUUUCGCCAAGAGGUGAUACAAUAAUAAAUAGAGAUUUUCGAGGUGAUGUUUUAAAGGGAAGUGCUGAAAUAUUUUUUAGAAAAGUUAAACUACAUAAAGGAGAUCCUCCCCCAUUAUUUUAUUUAAAUGGAAUAAAUUUUUGCUUUUUGAAAAAUAAUAAUUUAUAUUAUGUGUUAACAUCAUUAUUCAAUAUAUCUCCAAGUUAUUUAAUAGAAUUAUUAUAUAGAUUAUUAAAAAUUUUUAAAGAUUUUUGUGGACAAUUAACUGAAGAAAUUAUAAGAGCUAACUUUAUUUUAAUAUAUGAAAUAGUAGAUGAAGUAAUAGAUUAUGGAUAUUUACAAAAUAGUAAUACUGAAUAUAUAAGAUAUUUAAUACAUAAUGAAAUUAGUAACAAUAAUACUUCUAGUACAAAAUUUUCAAAUUUAACAAAAUUUACAAUUAAGCAUUCAAACACAUUACCUUCUAAUGCUUCACAAAAACCUAUACAAGUUGAUAAUAAAAAAAAUGAAAUAUUUAUAGAUAUUGUUGAAAAAAUUAAUUUAAUUAUGAAUAAAAAAGGAGAAAUAAUAUAUUCUUAUAUUGAUGGUGUUAUACAAAUUAAGUCAUAUUUACUUGGAAAUCCAUAUAUAAAAAUAGCAUUAAAUGAUGACCUAUAUAUUAAAAAUAUUCAUAAAGAUAAUACAAAUAAUAUAAUUAUUGAUGAUUGUAAUUUUAAUCAUUUAGUUAACACUUCUAAUUUUGAAACAGAUCGAAUCUUAUCUUUAUAUCAACCAGAUGGUGAAUGUGUUAUUAUGAACUAUAGAAUAAAUAACAAUUUUAAGGCUCCGUUUCAUCUAUUUGCAAAUAUUCUAUAUAACCCAAACCACACGGCCGAACUGUUUAUACGCAUUAAGUUGGAUAUACCGUCCCGAUAUUCGUGCACUAAUGUUCUCGUAAGUUGCAACUUAUGCAAGCAUAUAUCAAGUGUACAUUUAGAUGGAAAUACAAACUCGGAUCUAUCUUCUGCUCAUUACAUACCCAAUGAACAUAAAUUAUUAUGGACAAUAAAAAAAUUUAAGGGAGAAACAGAAUAUACUAUACGUUCUAAAAUAACUCUAAACCAAAACUAUGAAUAUUCGAGACAAGACUUUGGGCCUAUACAUAUUAUGUUUGAAAUUCCAAUGUUUAAUUUAUCAAAACUCAGAAUAAAAUAUUUAAAAAUAAUUGAAAACUAUAAAUCAAGUAAUACACAUCGAUGGGUUAGAUAUAUUACCCAAUCAUCGUCAUAUGUUUAUCGAUUUACAUAA